AACCAAACCAACCACUACGACCAGCACACUCAACCUGCCUGCUCUGCUCCGUCCGACUGCUCUGCUCCGUCCGACUGCUCCUGGCAAGAAGCACGGUGUUGUUAGCUCGCUAACAAGGUAGCCAGUAGCUGUCUUCGACUGGGAGGUCGGUCAUAGCCGUUGUUGUGGAGGGGAAGCACGAUGCCCAACUUGGACAUCCUUGAUCGCAUCGAAGGCAAUGCUCAACCAACACACAAUGCUGCCGGCAAGGCUCCCAUCAUCAACGAGUACAAACAUGCGUUUGUGCUUCGUCGGUUGCUUGCCACCUUCACGGGUGGCCUUCACAUGACCACUGGCCCUGCGGCAAAGUACAUCUGGCCCAUCCAAAUCUGCAUCUUCCUGUUGCUUCCAGCCAUCCCGCUUGUUGGCAUUGUGGUCUGCGUCCAAGAAUCGCGAUUGGUCGGUGCCAUUGUUGGCGGUGUCUUGAUGACAGUCAUCUUCCUUCUUGCAGAGCUCGUCCGGGUGCUGAUCGGGCGGCAUGUGUACGAGAUGGCCCAGGUGGAUGAGUCUGGCAACGCCAUGCUGGAAGGAUCGCACAUUCGCUCCGCCACUGCGCACGUGCUCGGCGCGCGUGUGUCACGACUGCAGGAACUCUCGCGCACGCUCCUUGCCGGCCUCAUCACCGCCGCCGUCGCUCUCGCAUUCACAACACACAACAUCUUCAGCCACUCCUCGUUUGAGGUGCUUGCUGUCUUUGGGCUGCUUGCCCAUGCCAUUGCUAUCUUCCCUCUCCUCACCCGUCCGCCACCAGAGCCCGCCGUUUUCAACGCUCAGGCGCACGGUUCCGUUUUCCGGACAGAUGACUUCUCACGUGCCGUCGUGUUUGGCGCGCUGGUGCUCGCCGCUGCGCUUGCACCGCCAGCCGGUGUCAUCCUUCUUGCCAUUGCCGCAUGCCUUCCGCUCCUGUGGACCUUGGGCCUUGUGCCCCAGCUCACGGCGCUGGUGCCCUAUGCAUUGGAGCAGCUGCUGCAGUUUGGGCUCGGCGGCCUUCCCGCCACAUCCACGCGAGGGCUGCUUGCUACUGUCUCUGGUGGUCUCGUCACCUGGGGCGUUGUCGUGGCCAUAUUGGAGCACACCAGCAGCACCUCCACCCUUGUGUCCGCCGUUGCCGUUGCUGGUGUUGGUGCUGUGCUGCUUGCUGUCCGCGCACCCACCGCCCUCUUCUCCACCAUCUUCUCUCCAUGCAUGGCCCACCGCCGCACGCGCCGCAUCCAACCGGCCGAUGUUGUCAACCCGAUCCCUGCUCCAACAACACGUCGCACAGCACCAGCACCAGCACCAGCAGCACAAGGCGGGGCGGCCGCGCGUGCAUCGUCACACCCAUGGAGGGAUGCCGCCGUGUUUGCCGCUGCCGUCUGCGUGGCCAUUGUCGCCCCGGUACUCACUGUCUCUCAGUACAACGAAACCGGCACACAGGUGUCAAAGUCACGGCUGCGAACGCUGUGUGCCGUGUGCUGGGCGCUUGCCGGCGUGUCAAUCCUGUGGAACCAGCUCCAUCGCGUCUUCCUCUUUGGCGUUGUCGCAAACCAACUUCAUUCUUGGAUCACCAACACCUUUGCUGUACCAUCAUCAUCAUCAUCAUCGUCGUCAUCAUCAUCAUCAUCUUCAUCACACUUCUCGACCAUCAAGCGGUGCCUGCGGUGGGCGCUUCGCCUGUCAUUCUCUCUCGUCUCUUCCAUCGCCCUCAGCGCCGCCAUCAACGGUGGAAACGGCACCAGCACCUGCAUCCUCGCAUUCGCCAUCGUCCGCGCUUACAGGUGGUGUCUGCAAGCACCGGAGCGAGCCGUGCUUGAGAUGGCGAUUGCGCUGACGAUCAUGCUCAACAUCUCCGCCACGAGCGUGUGGCUCGACAUUGCCUUCCCCGUGCAGCUGCUGAUUGUGGCGUUCUUUCUUGACCGCGCCGCGUUGUUCUGGGACCGCCUCCGCUUCGCUGCCGUCGCCACCAUCACCGUGUGGACACAUGCAGAUAUGCGGCCGUCCUUUGACAAGCUGCUCCUCGUCACCACUGUCGCCCUUGCUCCCAUCACCAUCGCAACAGCCUUGGCAUCGGCGCUGAUUGCUGCGCCGCUUGUGCCCGCGUUUGGCCUGCCGCUCUUCUUCAUUGGUUUUCCGCGACCGCAGCGCUUCUGGCCGUCGUUUCCGCAGCGGAAGCGCACGCCCCCAGACGCCCUGUACUACCAGCAUGCCCUCCCAGCUCUCACAAACUUCUUCGAGAAGGCCCGGGAGGAAGGCGUGCUCGGUGCUGCUGUUCCCGGCACGUGCUUCAUUCUCCGCUUUGAGACACGCAUCCUCGUCGCCAUGGUCGCAAGUUCGGGUUUCGACUACACGACCUACCACUUUCAAGGCCUUGAGCUGACGGAGACAUCAUGCCACACAGCGGAGGCAUCGCACCUCGAGACGGUGCUUGAAGACGCGCUCCCAGAACGCGGCAGUCUCAGCCCGUUUACCAUCAACAAGCAUGUUGUGAAUGCAUUUGAGCCGCGACUGAGUGCACACCUGGCCACAUUCAGCGAUACGCGAAACGUCCUCACGGGUCUCAUUGACCAGCCAGUCGCGUGGGACUUGCUGCAAGACUGCUUCCGCUACGCGUUUGCGUUCCUCGCGCUGACAGAGAUGGACGCAUCCAGCGUUCGUCAGGCCCAGCUGCCUACAGCCCCAGCCACCACCACCCCUGCUGCUGCUUCUUCUGCUGCCGCCAUGCCAUCGUCGUUCGUUGAUCGUCUCCUCAAAGAGAGCAGCGAACCGCGCGGCCACGCCUGGCAAGCUGCGGAUAAGGAUAUGCACCACCCGUCGCGCGUGUCAGAGGCGCACUUGCAGAAGCUCCUGGCUGCACUGCACACUGCCCUCUUCUCUCAGGGCCGGAGUGUGGGGCGACUGGUGGACGCGUUUUGCAAGAAAGGCAGUGAUCCGUUUGCUGCUUUCGAUCCUGACACGACACGCGUUGCACACCGUGCCCUGUGCUAUUCGUUCAAGGCAGCCCUGGAUCUCUUGGUGUUGGGGGACAGCAGUGUGCAGGAUGAGGACGACAUGCUGCAGACGCUGCGGGACUUUGCCGCCAACUGGUACAUCGGGCCUGAAACGGACGAGUGGUUCCAUGCUGUUGAAGAAGGAAGAACGUCACUGUUCUCCAUUUCGCGAUCAAGCGAGGGCAGAGAUGUGUUUGCGAGUCACCUGUUGACGACGCAAUCAGUCAAGAUGCGAAUGGCCAGCAUCAACCCAGAGGCCAUUCGCGGGCAGUGGGCCGAGUUGGCAUGGGAGCUGCUGUACCUCACAAACGACGACGAGGAACGCUACAGCAUACAGGCCCAUCCGCAACUCCUGCGCAACCUGACGAUUCAGUUUGCAGACGCGCCCCUUGGAUACAGCGUCUUCUCACAGCUCUGUGUCGUGUAGUGUCGUGUUGUGUGCGUGUGUGUGUGUGUGUGUCCAUGUGUAAAGGCUUGACUCUGUUUUACACUCCAGCUUUGUCUAUCAUCUUCGUUAUUCGGGUUACGCUUGCUUGCAGAGGUGUUGGGACUGUUUUUGACUUGUUUGACAGCUAGUUUCGACAAUAUGGAGGGCGUAUGAGCGUGCGGGCAAAAUGAGCAAAGAGCAAAUAAAUGAACAGCAGCAACA